AUGGCUGCCCGCCGCGAAGAUGUCGAAGAUAUCCACGAUGAGGGCAACGACAUGCUCGAUGCCGAGGAGGUCGGCGAGGAGGUCCCCUCGGGUGACGAGGGCGACGUCGCGAUGGAUUCCGACAACGAAGAGAUCCAACUUCAGAACGAUUCGAUUGCCUACUUUGACGAGCACGCUGAUUCGGUCUUCGCUAUUGCGCAACACCCCCAUCCACCCUUCGCUGAUCGUCACCGGUGGCUCCGAAAGGUGACGCCGAUGAUGCGCCAGGCAAGGGUUAUCUACAGCGGCGCGCAGCCUCGCGAGAGCACGCAGCUCGAUGCCAUCUUUGCCGUCGAGGGCCAUACCGACUCUAUCAACACCCUCGCCUUUACGCUACCCAACGGCGACUUCCUCGUCAGCGGCGGCCUCGAUGGCCGGCUGCGAGCCUACACAGCGACCGUCGCCCCGCCCAACGCGACGUUCAAGUUCCUCGCCGAAGCCCAAGAGGUACCCGAGAUCAACUGGAUCGCCCCCUGUCCAUCCUCCGACUAUCCCAACACCAUUGCCCUCGGCGCGUCGGACAACUCGGUCUGGGUGUACACAAUCGAUCCCGCCUCGGACGCACAGAACCCGCUGCAGCUCGUCAACACCUUUUGGCUGCACACGGCACCCUGCACGGCCGGCGCCUGGACACCCGACGGCAGCCUCCUCGCCACGGUCGCCGAAGACUCCUCUCUCUACGUCUGGGACGUCUGGGGCCUCGCGGCCUCCAAGGGCGUCGUCGAAGCCAACGGCCAGACGGUCGUGUCGCUGACGGGCGCCGACUCACGCUUCGAGGUCGAGGGCGGCCUGUACUCGAUCGCCGUCGAGCCCAACGGCGCGUACCUCGCCGUCGGCGGCGCGGGCGGCCAGAUCCGCAUCGUCUCGCUGCCGCGCCUCGCGUCCGCGGCCCAGGGCCAGCGGGGCCGGCAGGGCAAGGGCGCAAGGGCGCGGCCGACGGGCGGCCAGCCCGGCCAGCAGACGACGCUGCUCGCGGCCGGCAGCGUCGACGGCAGCAUCGUCGUCUUUGACGCGACGCGGCGGUUCGCCGUCCGCAAGAACCUCAUCGGCGCCCACGAGGACUUUAGCGUCGUCAAGGUCGAGUUCGUCAAGGGCACGUGGCUGCUGACGAGCUGCGGCAUGGACGGCGUCGUGAGGCGGUGGGACCUGCGCGGCGGGGCGGCGAACCCCAACGCCGCGGGCGCCGCCAACAGCGGCCUCGUCAAGGAGUGGAAGGGUCACCUUGGCGACGGUGAGGGCGGUGGCGUCCUCGGCUUCGUGCAGGGCGCGACGGGCGAACGGGUCAUUACGGCGGGCGAUGAUGGUGUUGUGCUGGUUUUCGAGGCGUGA